GACAGAGAAACGCUAGUUGAGAGUUGGAGCAGGGUUUCCCGCAGCACUUUGCAGUUAAGGCGCCGUCAAAAAAAAAGUAUAUGAGCGAUUUCACCCGUGUUACUCGACGUCCCGUUUUCUCCCUUUCAUUCCAAACCACACAGCUGACAACCUGCAGGUGGAGGCGGUGGCUCGGACAUACACGCCGCUGUGGACUCGUCAGUCUCGCAAGCGGUUUCAGGAAAGUGGCUGCAUGUGUCCGACAAUGCACAGAACAUUAACGGAGCCCUCAGCAGAUGUCAAGCUGGCGACCGUAGCAGGAAAGAAGGGCAUAAAGGCUGAGGAGGAGGAGCAGCCUGCAGCACCUCCUGCAGCAGCAGUGAAGGAGGAGGAAGAAGAGGAGGAGCAGCCUGCAGCAGCAGCAGCAGUGAAGGAGGAAGAGGAGGAGUAUGUGGUGGAGAAGGUUUUGGACCGCAGAUUGGUGAAGAGAAGAGUAGAGUUCCUGCUGAAAUGGAAGGGGUUCUCAGAUGAGGAUAACACAUGGGAGCCGCAAGACAUCCUGGACUGCCCCGACCUUAUCACCGAGUACAUGCAGAAACACAUGGAGGAGGAGGAGAAGAAGGAGGGCAAGAGGAAAGGUGUCAGUGAGGCCUCUGGAGACUCAGAGGAGCGAGGGAGCAAGAGGAAGAAGGAGGAGGUGAGCCAAGGAAAGAGGUUACUCCGAACUGAAGUCCCAGAAAUCUAAUCUCAUUUUCAAUGAAAAUUAAUACAGCGCAACAAAUGGAGAAAUUUCUGUUAAACGACAAAUGCAGAUGAGAAAAGGGUAUUUUACAAUAACUUUGAUCCCUGCUGUAGACUCUCUGUGUAGUCAGAGACAUAUAUUGUGUAAUUGAU